AUGUCCGAGCAACUUAUUCUCCGCCAGGUUCUGUUCUUCGCCGCCCUUGUGGCUGCCACCCUGGCCAGCCCAGUGUAUGGCCGACUCGGCCCAGUGGAUCCUCCCAGGUACGACUUCAACUACGCCGUAAAAGACUACAACAGUAACGACUUCGGUCACCAAGAAUCACGUGACGGCUACAACACCCAGGGCAACUAUUACGUUCAGCUUCCCGACGGUCGUCUCGAGAGAGUAAAUUAUUACGUCAACGGCGACUCUGGCUUCAUAGCUCAAGUUGAGUAUGAGGGCGAGGCCCACUACCCCGCCUACUAG